AUGCACCCGGGGGCCCUGGGGCUGUCCGCCCCGCUGCUGGCGGCCGAGCAGAGCGCGCGCCUCUACUCCACGGUCUACGACUUCACCCCAGGACAGCUCCUCUGGGGGUGGCUGGCCCUUUCUGUGCUACUACCUGGCUUCCUGGUCCAGGGCCUGAGCUAUCUGUGGUUCUGGGCAGAUGGACACCAAGGUCAUUGUUUGCUGGCCGUACUAAUUCCCCUCCUUCAGCUUGGCCUGUGGAAGCGGCAUUGGGAUGCUGCGUCCACUGCUCUAUCGAAAGAGCGGGAAGCCUCCUGCCAAGACCAGGUGCUGCUGCAGGAGGCUGACCUGUCUGCCCUCCACCUUCUGGAAGCUCUGAUGCAGCCAGGGCCCCACCUGCUGCUCCAGACGCAUGUUUUCCUCGCCUUGGACUUCACAGAUACUGUGCCAGGUGUGAGCACGCUGUGCUCCUGGUCCGCGCUGGCCUGGGCCCUGGUGUGUCAUGCCUACUGCGUGGGCUUCAUGACUGGUCAGCUUCUCACGCCAUGGGCCACCCUCUUCUACCAGCAGCCCUGGAGGAUGGGCAUAUUGGGGGUCCGUGUCCUGAGCCUGGUUCUCUUCUUCAGAGCUUACCACAUCGGGUUUUGGUUUCUGGAGACGCACGCGGAUGAGAGUGGUGGCCACGGGGUCUGCGUGACCCUGCAGGAGUCCUGCAGGGGUCUGGGUGUCCCUGCCAAGGAGAGGUAUCUCUUCUGGACAUCAGCAAAUACACUCGGCAACAAGGAACAGCGUGCCCACGGGCUGGUGAUGACCUUCUGGCUGGUGGCACAGAGGAAUGACAUCGUGGACAGCAUCUGCCACUGGAAGCUGUUCGACCUGCUCGUGGGGGCCGGGUACAUCCUCUGCUACCUCAACUUCUGGGACAGCCCUUCCUGACAUCGGAUGGCCAUGUUUUACAUGACUAUGCUGCUGGAGAACAUCCUCCUUUUGCUGUUGUCCACUGCCUUUCUCCAGGGGGCCUCCCAGACCAGCCUGUGGACCGUAGCUGGAGUCUUGUCCAGAUUUCUGAUUGGCAGUGUCUCGCUAACUCAUCACAGACCGCUACACCCUGGACCCACAGGCAUCUGGCAGGGCUGUGUCCAUCCAGGAGUUGUGUGGCAUCCAGGGGCUGAUAAAGCAGAGACAGAAACUUCUCGGGCCCCGGCUCCAGCUGGGGAGAGGCCAGGGAGCCCGGGCACACGCCAGGAGAAAAGUCACGAGUUCGCCGGUCUGGGGAAGGCCCCCGGCCCACCGUGGGGACCCCCAGAGGCUGGGCUGGAAAGCCAGACUGCUCUGGAGGAUUGUUUCCUCAGUCAUCAUCACUGGCUGUUGGUGAAACUUGCCCUAGAAACAGGAAAUGGGUCUAAGAUCAGUGCAGCCUUUGGAGAAGACAGUCCUGGCUGCUUUCGUCCCCCUUCAUGGGGGCUGAAACAGCGCUACACCCAGCAGAGGACACCCCUGUUUCCCCAGCAAGAGCUCCCACUGUCACCUCAGGACCUCCUGUCCUCAGAGAAAGGCUCUGAGUUUCAAGGUGUCCUGAACUCAGAAGCGGACCUGUUGGAAACCUCCAGUUUGGUCCCUUUUGCCAGUGACAGCCAUGACCCAGCUCCUGCCCAGAAGCAGUCAGCCGCAUGGAGGGAGCACAGCCCGAAGGAAGGAGGAGGUGUGGGUGGGCGGAGAGGAGGGGAAGGACAGGAGAGCUCCAUGCUGUACUUCAGUGCCAUGGCCGAGGGGACCCCAGCCUCACCUCAGGAAGGCAGGCAGGCGACUCCGCAGACAUCCCACUCUGGGAGGAGGGCAGAGUCCUCCCCUCAGCCGGCCACGCGGCCCCUCCCUGACACCAUAGCCAACAUCAGCCCGAUCCUAGGCCUUAGUAUUUUGCUAAAUACACAGCCCUCCUUCCCGCAGGUCAGCCGGCCAGCGACUUGGAGUCAGGUGGCUCCUCUCCACCGCUGA